AGUCGUCCCCUUGCUGGCUCUGUACAUGGCAAAUGGCAAGAUCAAGAUGUCUCUGGGGCAAAACAGAAUCAUCCUGCACAAGCAGCAGAGCAACGACGGGAACUGGCACAGAGUGGAGCUCAGUGUGGAGAGGAGCACUUUCCACCUGCUGGUUGAUGGGAACCGUGUGACUGAUGGAGAUCUGCCCAACAACGAGGGAUCAUCUUUAAACCUGCACAACACCGUGUACCUGGGAGGUGAUCCCAGGAGCAAAACCACAAAAGGACAUAACAUCCCCACCAACAGUGUUAUUGGUUGUAUACGGGAUUUCAGAAUGAAUAACGUAGUUAUCGGGGAGCCUGAGGAAAGCCACAAAAUAUUACCCUGCAUGGACGGGCUCACAGAGAUGGGGACAUACCUCGGCGGCGGUCACAUCAUCUUGGAUAAUUACUUCUCAUUUGGCUCCCCGUUUGCGCUGGCUUUCGAGCUGCGGCCUCAGUACCUGACAGGUCUUCUCUUCCAUGUUCAGAGUCACAAGGCCAGCUUUAAUGUGUUCUUAAUGGAGAACAAGGUGGGUGUUGAAGUGAAUGACGGUGAGGAGGCUGUCAGUGUCUCAGUAACUCCUCCUGAGAACCUCUGUGAUGGAAAAUUUCACAUGGUUACAGUGUCCAAACAACGUGAUGUUAUCGAACUGGCAGUGGACUCCAUGUCUGAGCAGAGAUACAUUCCCUUCACAUCCACCUCAACAACACUGGAGACACUUUACAUCGGAGGGACAACGAAGGAGACCAGAGUCUCUGUGUCCUCACCUUUUGUGGGCUGCUUACGAAAUGUGAAGCUUGAUGGAAGACCUGUUGCACUGGAGACAGGAUCCAGGGUGGUCGGACCUGUCAGCAUCAACACAUGCCCAGCAGAAUAAGACGUGUAAUUAACGGGGGACAUGCCAACAUCUUUCACUCCUCAGAGACAUCAUUACAAAGUGUGCAGACAGGCUUUGUUGAAACCCACAGAUCUUAAUUUGAAAUUCUAAAACCCAGCGCCCCUUAGCUGCUGUUGCUACACCUGUCAGGUUUUACUAUUUCACACCUCACACAGUUUUAACUAAUAAAGGAACAGAUUUACACCCUGAAAUAACUAAACCUCUGUCAAGCUAAAUUUAGAAACACGAUUUCAGACAGAGAAAAACAGACUUCUCACUUCUACCUGACGACCAUUGAACGUCAGCUGAAAUGACA